GAAGCUCUAUAAAAAUGUUUUCAGCCAUUCAGUUAGUUAAGUUAAAAAAAAACUAUUCAUGAAGUUGUUUCAGUUUGUUCUAAUUAUAUGGAAAUAUAAGCAAUAACUCUGGAGACUAAGAGUCAAGGUGUCAAGUGAAUGCAAGGUCGUGUGGAGGAUGUAGUGCUUUGCAAGGUCGAAUUAAAGGAAGAAUUGUGUCAGGAAAUCACUGUACAGCUGGAAACACAUGCAGAUGAUUUCAUGCCCCACUUUAAAAGUGACCAUGACUGAAAACACGUCUACCAGGAUGGACGUUGAAAGGGGAAAUGAAAGGACAUAUCAUAAAACACAUGGUGGCAUACAUUUUCUCCGAGAUGGACAGAUUGUCAGUAACACUCAUAACAUGAAGAGUGACACUUCACUUGGAGGUAUGUGUACAAAUGUGAACUCAGAGAGCACUGACACUGGGAUCCUGUACCUGAACCCUCAGACACCAAAUUGGUCACCUGCUGAGAAGUUUGCUGACCUUUCUUCAGGAAAUAAAACUGGAAUCUGUGACGACCGAGACCACAGCACUGAAGCAUUAUCACAGUGCACUAAAUAUCUCGGCAACAAUAAAAUAAAUGGGUGUGGUGACGUGCAUUUGGAUGCUAUGCAAAACAAUUGCUCGAGAUACCUCAAGAGCCACCAAGUGCAAAGGGACGCCUCAGUCAAUCGAAGAGCAUCCAAGCUUAAAGAGCUGAAUGUUGAGGAAUAUUCCCCAGGUGGAGGAGGGAAUAAGACCAAAAAGAAGAAUAUGAAUAGUCCCUCUCUUAAGAAAUUACUUAAAAAGCAUGACAACGACAAGAUCCCUCGACUUUUGGUAGCUAUGAAAAAACGUGGUGAAGUCGACGCAGAGCACCGUCCCUUCAAGUGUCCACACUGCCACUGGGCCUUUAAGAAGCUAUGCAACCUGCAGAGCCACCUACAAACACACUCUGGCCUCAAGCCGCAUGUGUGCGAUAUAUGCGGCAAGGCUUACUCCCAUCAGGGCACGCUGCAGCAGCACAAGCGUCUGCACACGGGUGAAAGACCAUAUCACUGCCCCUUCUGUGUCAAGACCUACAUUUGGUCCUCAGAUUACCGUAAGCAUAUCCGCACACACACCGGUGAGAAGCCCUACAUCUGUGACACUUGUGGCAAGGAUUUCAUUCGCUCCUCUGACCUGCGCAAGCACGAGCGGAACAUGCACACCAACAACAAGCCCUUCCCCUGCACACACUGUGACAAGACCUUCAAUAAACCUCUCUCCCUGAAGCGUCAUGAGCGCAAGCACCUGGGCGAAAGGCCUUUCUCCUGCCCUGACUGCGGGAAGGCCUUCGCCCUGCCCAGCCGCAUGGCCGAGCACCGCAAGGCACACGAAGGAGUGCGUCCGUUUGUGUGCUCAGUUUGCUCCAAGUGCUUCACAAAGUCCUCCAAUCUGACCGAGCACAAGGCCAUCCACAGUGGUGCGCGGCCCUAUAAAUGCACAGAGUGCGGUUUGGCGUUUGCCAUGGCCUCCCGCCUCGUUCGUCACCAGUACGUGCACAAUAAAGAGAAACCCCUCAGCUGCACGGGCUGCAGCAAGAACUUCUGCCACCUUGAGACACUGAAGCUUCACCAGGAGCAAACGUGUGCUGGGAGAAUCUUUGUCUGUGUGGACUGUGACAAAUCUUUCCAGUGUGCUGCAAAGCUCGCGCAGCAUAUGCUGAGCCACAGGGACAAGAGUGUGUGAGUCUGUUUAAAGAAAGGUACAUCCAUCACCAUGCUGGUACUUAUGACACAAUUUAGAACUACAACAUUUAAUUGAUUUCAAAUAUUCAGUUCCAGACACAUUACAAGUCAUAGGACACCACUUUAUUCAUGUCAAGGUAUUUAUUAAUAAUAAUUGUGCUGUAAUGACUUUUAAAACUUAAUACUCAUGUACCCUCUUUCCCCACGGUGCUGGGUUACCAUGAGUAUGGUGAGAGAUAAAAAUUAGCUCUGCAUCGACACUGGAGCUGACAGCUGUGUGAUGUUAAAGUGCUUACAAGAGCAUUAGAUGGUUUUUAAAGUGAUAAUAUUCUCUCAGGUUACAGUUUAUCAGGAACACCUAGUUAGAAGGUAUGCAGAGAAAUCCUAUAUUUGUUGUAUAGAAAGUAUUGUUGUAUAUAGUAUAGAAAGCACAAAGUGUUUGUUGUCAUCAUUGUCAUGCUGGAGAUUUUAAGUUUGUUAUGGUUUUCUAAGUAAGUAAUCUUUUUGUUUUGUUUGGUUUGUUAAAGACGUAGCAAUUUAAGGAUUUACUGUGCAAUCAAAUAAUGUCAGUGGAACUUUACCCCGAAACUGAAUUGGAUAUUAUCCCAAAAUCUGUUUCUAAAGGCACUUACACUCAACAAAAAUACAAUAACAUCUGGCUUUUGUAUUCAAUGUGUAAAAUUGGCUUUCAUUCCAUCCACUGCAGAUCAAAUCACACUGCAGUAGUCAGUCUGAGCUUGAAUCUGUGUGACUUUUACAUGUCCCAAACAGUUAACCUGUCACUUCCCCACCACGUUAAAUGGAUGGACGACAUGACAGUGUGGUGUCUGAAAUGCUAUGUGUAGUCUUCCCCAUAAAAGAAAUGUAUCUUUGGGUUUGAGGCCCACAGGUCCUAAGGAAUUUGGAGAAAGCCUGAAUAUAUGUUAGGGCAUUAGGUCACAGUUUUAAGGGUUACCCUAAAUUUGAGCUAGUGCGUUCUCUCCCUGUCACCAGACAGAUGAGAAGAGCUGAAUAAAAGCCAGAUGUGUUUUCUUUAGAUUCAUGAAAACUACCCUCCUAUAUAAACGAGGAGUUGAAGUUGCCCCCUUAGAGGAGGCAGGAGAGAUUCACAUUGACUUCGGAUCUCUCCAUAGGCAGAUUGCAUUACUUGUAUUGAUGCUGAACUUUUUUGUCAUAAACAUUUUAUACCAUCAAGACGGUGUCAUCGGAGAUUCCUUCAUCAUCUUCACAUCAUCGCAACCCCAAUAUACGACAACAGCUUCCCAAAAGGAAAGCCAAAGCAUCUCAAUCACCCCCUAUUGACUGGCUGCAGUCUAGGUUAUAAACCCCACUUGCCAUUUUGAUUUGCACUUCAGGGCUGCAGCCUGAAGUACAAACUGAACAUUUUACAAAAUGUAAGUCUUGACAAGUAAUUAUUUACAAAAUAAGACAUGGUCUGUAUCUCUUUAACUCUUUGGGGGGAUGUUUGGGAUGCCACUUGACGCAGUCUUUCAUAAAGCUUUCUAUUCUGAAUGUGUUUAUACUCUGAAAUGCUACUAGCAGGCAGUAAGUGGUCACUUAAACCGCAGAGGCCUGUGUACUGGACACUCAGCCAGUGUGUCCCACUCAAACUUGGCUACUGCAAGUUAAUCGUAAAAGGAGACAGCAUCUACCAUGUUGUCACUUGCUCUAGAUUAAGUUAAAGGUCCUAUCUGGAUUCCCAGCUAUUUCAUUGCAAGCCACAUUUAUUCAAUAUGUGACUUUUAAUUAGUUGUUCCCAGAGUGGUGUGUCAACAAAAAGAAAAAGACAGAACUACACAGAUAUACUUGUAAUUGAGACAGUGCAUGUGCUGGUACAGAUAUAAAAAAAGCCUUCAGGUAUAAUACAUAAGGCACAAAGUCAUAUGACGGAGGUAAAAAAAACCAUCUCAAUUACAUCAGAACAUGUUUACAAGCUGACAGGGUAAUAAAAAAUUGUUAUAAAAUUAUAUAUUACUGCUGUAUGUGUUAUAUAUACAUUUUAAAGAGCCUCCACUAAAUUUGUCCCCACACAUUAAUAUAACAGGGCUGUUACUAAGGCCUCUUCUCAAAUGAAGGCACAGCAUUUAUCAUUAGACGAUCAGUGGUCUUGCCUUGGUCCCCCCCUCCCCCCUCAACCAUGUGGUAUCAUCCAACUUGGCAGCAUGAUAUCAUCCUCUUACAAAGUUUAAAGAUCUUUUGUACAUUAAUAAAACUAAAUAUUGCUCACAUUGUGCAAUAAUUUACUUCUGUGCAGCCAAUAAAUGACCACAUGCAGCAUGACAUUACAUUUAUCCUAUUUAUGCCUUAAUGUUUUGCACUGGUUAACUGUGUUUAAUAUUUUAUCAUAAAAAAGACA